AUGCUUUCUCGAGUUUUUUCCUUAAAUUUAUUAAAUAAAAGACUCAAUUUUGAUUCAUCAUUAAUUACACAGGACAAUUUCUUGAUUAUUUCAGCAAAUGAUGAUUUUUCAGGAAAAUAUUCGCAGGAUAAUCAAAUUUAUGAUUUUAUAACACGAAAUUCUCUAAAUAAAAUUAGACUAACAAGUGGAUUUAGCGAAAUAUAUCAAUUUUAUGGUGUUCAUAUUGUUAAAAUUUUCGAUUUUUCCGAUUCAUUAGUUUCAUAUAUACCUGAAAAUAUGUUUGUGGACACUAUUAAUCUCGAAGAAGUUAUUUUGAAUGAAAAUAUCAAAAGUAUUGAUGGAUAUGCAUUCGGAAACUCAGAAAUUUCGAAAAUUAACCUCGAACACGUUAAAACUAUUGGAGCACAUGCGUUUUCUAAUUGUCAAAACCUUAAGAAUGUUAAUGUACAAUCUGUUUCACGGUUUGAAUAUGGUUCGUUCAGAGAAACUGGUAUAAUUGAAUUUACAUUUCCAAAAAGUAUUAAUACAAUUCAAUAUAAUAUGUUUGAAAACUGUCAUUUAUUAACAAAAGUGAAUUUAAGCUCAACAAUAACGACGAUUGGUAAAUUUGCAUUUUCAAAUUGUUAUAAUCUUGAAACUGUUGAAGGAAUUUCACAAUUAACCAGCAUAGGAGCUAAUGCUUUUGAAUUUUGUUCAUUGAAAUAUCUUAAAUUUGAGAAAGAUACAGUUACUUGUUUCUCAAAUGCAUUUGCAAACAAUGCAAAAUUGACAUCAGUUGAAUUUGUCUCAGUUUCUUUAGAAAAAGGAGUGUUCAUGAAUUGUAUAAAUCUUAAAACUGUAACAAUUACAAAUGAAUAUCGUCCCAAUAAUCAAAACCAAUACAACUUUUAUAAUUGCAUAUUGUUAGAAAAAUUUACUGCUGGAAGAGCUUAUACAAUCGGAAUUUGUGAUUUUGCAAAUUGUAGGAAAUUAGCAAAUUUUGAUGUUCAAAAUAUUCUGGAAUUAGAAGAAGCAUGUUUCAGAAAUUGCCAGUCAUUAACAUCAUUUAAUCUUACAAAUAUGGAUUAUAUCGGAUCAGGAGCAUUUCAAGGGUGUACUAAAUUGAAAACAGUUUAUGGAUUGGAGAAUCAAGCAUCUGCAGGCCCUAUUCAAAUAGGUCCUAUUGAAAGAGGUCCUAUUGAAAUAGUUGCAGAACCAUAUGUUUUCUCUGACUGUAUUAGUUUAGAAUUCAACCAAAUUCAUUAUGCCAAUACAGGGAUGUUUUCGAAUUGUUAUUCUUUGAAAGAAAUCAAUUUUACUGGUCAAGUAUUAGAGUCAAAAGCAUUUCAAUUCUGUAUCAAUCUGAAAAAAUUUAAUUUCAUACCAGUAGAAGAUUCUAUUUUCUCAAUUCCUGAAUAUUGUUUUUAUGGCUGUGUUAAUUUGGAAGAAAUCAAUUUCCCUGAUAACAUUCAUUCUAUUGGAAAAUUUGCUUUCUAUAAUACAUCUUUAAUAAAUGGAAUAAAUAUCAAUAAAGUCCAAAAUCUAGGAGCAUGUUCAUUUGCAUAUUCAAAGCUAACAUCAAUAACAUUUAUUAGUCCAAUAAUAUCGAAAUAUAUGCAUCGAAUUGUUCAUAAUUUGCAAGAUUUGCAUAUUUUUGAUCAUUGUGACAUGCUAGAAAAAGUCAUAUUUGAGGGAAAAGGCUUUAUUCCUCUCUUUGAAUUUAAGAAUUGCAAGAAUUUGAAUAAAAUCGAGUUCAAAGGCGAUUUUCAAAUAAAGGAUGAUUUUGUAUAUGCCAUUGAAUAUACUAAUCGUUUGGUUGGAGGCAUAUCAGAAAACCCAAUUAUAUUGUUAUCGUAUAAUAUAUCUGCAAAUACAGAAGGAGUCAUUAUUCCAGAAAAGUUCGAUUCAAUUUAUUAUUCAGCAUUUAGAUACGUCAACAAUAUUAAAACACUAAAAGUUAAUUAUGACUUACAAAUUAUGUCAUAUGCAUUUGCAGAUAUGGAAUCAUUAGAAGAAGUUUAUUUCAAUGCAUCAGAAAUCCCUUUUGGAUGCUUUUAUAAUUGUACAAAACUUUCGAAAGUAACUCUUUCUGAAAAUGUUAAAAUAAUUGAUGAAAACGCUUUCUCUUAUACAAAUAUAAAUGAAAUUGUUUUGCCUCUUUCAUUAGAAUAUAUUGCUAAUCCAUUUAGAAAUACACCAAUAGUAACAAUUGAAUUUACAGAUGGACAAUUUCAUCCCGACUUCUUUGCAACAAAGAAUGAAUUCAUUAGAAUUAAUCAUGAUAAGAACGAUGAAAUGGAAAUAUUGUUUAUAUUUGGCAACAUUUCAAAUCAAAUUACAAAAUUAACUGAAGGAGUUAAAAGUCUUAACAUGGAAAAUUUCAGGUUCUUUUCUGAUGAUAAACCAAUUUUAAUGCUUCCGCAUUCAAUUGAGAGAAUCGUAAUAUCAGAUAUUUCAGAACACUAUUCAGGAAAUUUGGGUAGUAGAAAAUUGAAUUUCCUGAAUUCUAAUACAUUAUUUGAUACUUCAAAUAUUUAUCCAAAUUAUGUUACGAUUGGACGAAUCCAAUUCAGGUUUUGUGGAAUAAUCCAUCUAUAG